AGUGUACCUGCUGCUGUUAUUAGUGCUGUAGUAUGGCUAAGACUAAGAAGGAAGCUCCUACUGCUGCUGCCGCCGCCGCCUCUUCUACUGCGGAUGCUCAGAAAUCCACGGAUUGCAUGAUAAAGCCUUCCAGCGUGAGCCCUCCGAUCAACACUUCGGAGUGGCCUCUUCUGCUGAAGAACUACGACAGGCUAAACGUGCGUACCGGACACUACACUCCUCUCCCCUUCGGCUGCUCCCCUCUUAACCGUCCUCUCGACCAGCAUUUGCUCUACGGUGUCUGUAAUCUGGAUAAGCCGGUUAACCCCUCCUCCCAUGAGGUUGUGGCCUGGAUUAAGCGCAUUCUCAAGUGCGAGAAGACUGGCCACUCCGGUACCCUGGACCCCAAGGUUUCUGGAUGCCUUCUUGUGUGCCUCAAUCGCGCUACUCGUCUCGUCAAGGCUCAACAGGGAGCCGGAAAGGAGUACGUCUGCGUGGUCCGCUUCCAUGCCGACCCCGGUGGAGAGGCAGCUAUCAUCCGGGCCUUGGACCAGCUCACUGGUGCCCUCUUCCAGAGGCCCCCAGUCAUCGCGGCUGUGAAGCGUCAACUUCGUAUCCGUACCAUCUACUGGUCUAAGCUCCUCGACUAUGACGAGGAGAAGCACAUGGCCGUCUUCCACGUCUCCUGUGAGGCUGGUACUUACAUCCGUACCCUUUGCGUUCAUAUGGGCCUCCUCCUCGGUGUGGGCGCCCAUAUGCAGGAGCUCAGACGUGUGAGGUCUGGAAACCUCGGAGAACAAGAUCAGCUCGUCACCAUGCAUGAUCUGCUCGAUGCUCAGUAUGUCUAUGAGAGCACUCGAUCCGAGGAGUACCUAAGACGCACUAUCAUGCCUCUUGAACGCAUUCUCGUAUCUUAUCCUCGCAUUGUCCUCAAGGACUCCGCUGUGAAUGCCGUCUGCUAUGGUGCUAAGUUGAUGGUUGUUGGUGUUCUCCGUUUCGAGAAUGGUAUCGAGGUAGGCAAGGACGUUGUACUGAUGACGACUAAGGGAGAGGCUGUCGCCCUUGGAAUCGCUCAGAUGACUACUGCUGUCAUCGCCAGUGUUGAUCAUGGUUGUGUGGCAACUAUCAAGCGUGUCAUCAUGGAACGUGAUACUUACGAUUCCCGCUGGGGUUAUGGCCCGAGGGCCUCGGAGAAGAAGAAGCUCAUCCUCAACGGCAAGUUGGAUGAGAAGGGAAGGCCCAACGAGAACACUCCUGAAUCCUGGUUGAAGCACGAGGGUAUGAUCCCCAAGCUCACUGGCACUCCUGCUGAGGACAAGAAGGAGUCUCCUAAGGAGGAAUCCCCUGAAGAGGAACAAGAGACAGCUCCCGUGAAGAAGGAGAAGAAGAAGCACCACAAGAAGCGUACCGUAGAAGAAGUUGAGGAGGCCGAGGAGGAGGAGGCUGAUGAAGAAGUCGUCGAAAAGAAGAAGAAAAAGAAGAAGUCAAAGCAUCAUCAUGAGGAUGAGGCUUAAGCCUAGUUCUUUGCUCUUCCACCACCGCGGCUUAGUUGUCGCAACGUACAGUUCAUCAUCCGUUGACUAUUAAAGCCGUCAAGCUUCCCUUUCACGUCAUCACUCUAGCCUUUCUUCGGACACUACUACAUUUACUACUCCAGCAGGAUUGUCACUAUUAUCAUUAUGAGUAACCGUUCCAUUAGCAGUCUAUUCUCCCUCUACUUAAGUUGACGUAUUGCUAUCUCGAUUUACCAGUAAUGGUGUUUCUUGAGGACGAUGAGUAACUGCUGACACGUUUCUCAGAUGAUAGACU